AUGGGUUCAUCAGCAUCCAAGCCCGCCGCUCGCGCCGCCAAUGCCGCCACCAAAGCAACACGCCAAUACCCGUCUCGCCCAUCACCGGCAACUUCAACACAAGCAGCACCUUCUGCACGCACAUCGAACGCUCCAUCCCAGCCUCCGCAUCCGCCAGCCGCAAAUCGCCAACCAGGUCCCACAGUCCACCCUCAAGCCCGCGCCAGCGGUCAGCGCAAUGAAGAAAUCAACCUCGAUGCCUCAGACCCAGACUUUGCGCGCUCCCUGCGUCAACUAGGCGCAGUACAACCAAACCCUACUCUCUCGCCUUCAUCAACUUUUGCCGCACACCCAAGCUCUCACUUCCCAAACCCCUACGGACAGCAAGGAAACAACACGACAGCGCCUCCUCAACGGAUGAAUCCUGCUCUACGCGUGCUUCAAGCCCGUGCUGAAUUGGCUGCUGAAGCCGAAAAGGAGUUCUUGGAGGCUGGCAGGACUGGCGGUGCUGGGAGGCGGUUUGUGGAUAUCGGCACUCUGAGAAAUAUCGUCACGAUGAGAGAUCAGAGAAACAUGAGUGCUACCGAGAUCGAAAGGGCUUUGGGUCUGAGGAGUGGCACUGUAGCAAAAUUGGGCCCAAAGGGUGUCCUUGGAGUCGAGGGCAUUCAGGAUGACUAA